CUGCCAGACCGGUUUCCAGGGUGGCCGCACCACUUUCCAGCCCCCUCCCACCCCCCAGUGGGGAGGCGAUCCACUCCCCCACUGCUCACCAUCCCCAGCACUGGGUGGUGUCACUGUUGUAGCCACUUUAGUAGGUACGUAGUUUGCACGUCCCUGGUGGCCGUGAUGUCAGACGUCUGUCUCAUUCUGGGCCAGCAUGCCACCUAGACAACCUCGUCGAUGAAAUGUCUUUGUGUCUUCUGCCCAUUUUCUAGCUGGGGUGUUUCCUUUUCUUUUGAGGUUUGAGAAUUCUUUAUAUAUCCCAGAUACUAGUCCUUUGCCAGAGACACGGCUUGCGGGUGCACCUGCUGCUCUGGAGCUGGCCUCAGCAGGGUCUUUUCCAGAUGUCAUUCCCCCACCCCCAUGAGGAUCAUACCAGUGUUACGUCUAAGGGUUCUGUCCUUGGUUCUAGGUCCUGAAAAAAGAGUCUCUCCAAAGGUUUUACCGUUUUUUGUUGUUCAUGUACAUCUAUGCUCCAUUUCAAGUUAAUCUCUGCACAAGAUGUGAAGGUCAGGACUUUUCGGUGUUGCUCAUGGGAGCCCCGUGUGUGGAUUGCAAUGCCAUGUUUCCUCCAGUGCCUGGUCUGUGCCCUCUGUGGUCUGUUCCGUUGACCUGUUGGCAGGUCCACCCAUCCAUGUCCAUGAUGGCCACGUCUCCAUCCUGGAGUUGGAUGGUAGGGACUGGGGACACUGACCUGGCUGGCUGGUCCUGUCUCCUCGGCCUGCAUCUACCCAGAUUCCCUGGGGCCGCAGCCUUCUGGACCCACUGACUCCUGUUUCCAGAGUGGGACCUGGCCUGGGUGGGGGAAGAGAAGACUGUGUGGAGGGGGAGCAGAACCAGGUACAAGGCAGACCUGCUGAGUGUCCCCACCCGCUCACCACCCCAGCCCCCUGGCCCUGCUGCGGCUCUGGGACCCACUUAGCUCAGUGCUCAACAGCGGGAAAGGCUGAAGGCAGAGCCACUUGUGUCACAUUCCCCACUGUACCCUUCCCUGCUCUGGGUUCCCGGCAAGGGGCCUUCAGGACCACUGACAGACGACACAAUAACGUGGAGGUCCCUUGUCAGCACUCAGGAAUGGGAGUCAUGGGAUUGGGUGGGUUCUGGGGCCACUUUCUUGCUUCUGGGCCAGAGAGGUACUGUGAGUGCAGGGGUGGCGGGUUGAGCCACCAGACAUUAGCUUGUCCAGGGUGGCGUGUGUGUGUUGGGGGGGCUUGUAGCCCUUAAAAGGCAGUGGUGCUCCAGGACAGAACCUCAACACCAAGAGGGUAGAGUCCCCCUGCCGGGGACCCCUGGCGACCUCUGAGAACCAUAGCCAGUGCGCCUCUGUGGUCAGGUCUGGCAGACGUAGGUGUGCAGGGUGGCCCUGGGGGUGUCAACAAGGGCUUGGGCCUGCUUUCGGGGGUGUCUCAGGACAUGAGUGCCUGGCUCUUCCUUCGUUUUUCUGAGCCAGCAAUUGGGGGGUGAGAGUCGCACAGUAGGAGGAUGCCCCCUGCACGGGCACACAAGUCGCAUGAGAGUUCCCAUUGGCCCCUCGCCAUGUCCUUGGGCACAUGCCAACCCUCUGCCCGUUGCUCCCUGUAUGCGCCCCUCCCCUUUGGGGACCUCUCAGUGGGUGUCACCUCGGCCUGUGGGGGUCAGGUGUGCCUGGCCCUGUGCCCAUGUCAGUCCCUGAAGGGCCGCCCGCCAGGGGUGCGCAGGUGUCCUCUACUCCUUCCCCCAGGCUAGGGUGGAGGCUGGCAACUGGCUGCUGGCUGACCUUGCUCAGCCCUGUUAACCCGAGACCCCUCCCCAGAACAGGCAGGCUGAGGAGCCCAAGAAGACGGUGGUCACCGGCUGGUCCUCUCUGUUCUCCUCCGCUGGCUCUGGCCUUGGCCUCUACCCGAGGGCCUUCUUGGGGGAUUCUGGCACUUGGGUGCUGAAAGUUCCCUGACUUUUAUGGAUAGCCAGGCCUUCUUGAGGGAAGGGCCUCUGAAAAGGAUCUGGGCUCAGAAAGCCUGCUCCACUCCAGGGGUUGUGAGUAGCAGGGCCUGGCCAGAAAGGGUUAAUGCUGGCUUCCAGGCUGGGUUUGGGGGUCCAGAGACAGAGGCUUGUCAGGGUGGGCAAUUCAGGGUGAGGCUGCCCCCACUCCACAGUGGCCCUGUGACCUUAGUGUUGCCCUGCCCUCCAUUGGUUAGAGCAGAGCAAGGGAGCCUGGUGCUGGAGGCUCCCGGCCCCACCACCAACAGUCCCCAGCUGCCACACCUCCACUAUGUCCUCCUCUCUUCCCACAGCCAGAGCAGCUGAGUCCCACGUAAACAGCAGUGAGGGCCACUUCCUGCUACCCGAAGACCUGGCCUUUAGGCUGCUCCGAAGCCAAUGAACCCCAUGCACCCUGUGAAACCUGCCCUGCCCCCCACGCCGCACGGUGAUGGUCCAUUUGCUUAUGAGGCGGUGCCUUGGCAACAGAGUGCCACUCAGCCGGCAGGGUCGCUGUCCGUCGUCACGACUGUGUGGGGCGUCGGCAACGCAGCACAGAGUCAGGUUUUGGGGAACCCCAUGGGCCCUGCAGGGAGCCCCCCCGGUGGCUCUGUGAUGCCUGGCAUGGCGGGCAGUGGCCCUGCCCUGAACCCCCCACAGUGCCUCGGACAGCAGGCGUUCGCUGAGGGUGCCGCCAGCAAGGGCUUUGGGGGCUACCCCGGGGGCCCUGGCUUCGCUGCUGGGUAUGCGGGUGGCCCGGGGGGGCCAGGGGGCCUGGGUCUGCCCUCACAUGCCACACGACCCUCCACCGAUUUUACUCAGGCGGCGGCGGCGGCUGCGGUGGCUGCUGCUGCAGCCACCGCCACGGCCACCGCCACGGCCACGGUGGCCGCCCUCCAGGAGAAGCAGAGCCAGGAGCUGAGCCAGUAUGGAGCGAUGGGGGCUGGGCAGGCUUUUAACAGCCAGUUCCUACAGCAUGGAGGUCCCCGGGGGCCCAGCGUCCCUGGCAGCAUGAACCCUGCCAGCGUGGGAGGGCUGUUGGGCCCCUCUGGCAUGAACCCCAUGGGCACAAACCCCACCCGGGCAGCAGGCAUGGCACCUCUCUAUGCAGGGCAGCGCCUGCCCCAGCAUGGGUACCCUGGGCCUCCGCAGGCACAGCCCCUGCCCCGACAGGGCGUCAAGAGAGCCUACUCCAGCGAGGUUUAUCCAGGGCAGCAAUACCUGCCAGGAAGCCAGUACGGGCCCAGUGCCACCCAGUACACACCCAGCGCCGGGCAGCCCCCUGCCCCCUCCUCCUACCCUGGGCACCGGCUGCCCCUGCAGCAGGGCGUGGGCCAGUCCCUGUCUGCCUCUGGCCCCGCAGGACUGCACUACAAGCCCGCAGAACAGUUCAACGGGCAGGGUGCCAGCUUCAACGGGGGAAGCGUCAGCUACAGCCAGCCCAGCCUGAGUGGGCCCACCCGUUCCAUCCCUGGCUACCCCAGCUCCCCACUGCCCGGGAGCCCCACGCCACCCAUGACCCCCAGCAGCAGUGUCCCCUACAUGACCACCAGCCAGGAGGUCAAGUCUCCCUUCCUGCCAGACCUCAAGCCCAGCAUGAGCUCCUUGCACCCGUCACCCCCUGGCAGCGGCCCCGGUGACGAGCUGCGCCUGACCUUCCCUGUGCGGGACGGGGUUGUCCUGGAGCCCUUCCGCCUUCAGCACAACCUGGCUGUGAGCAACCACGCCUUCCAGCUCCGGGACUCUGUCUACAAGACCCUGAUGUUGAGGCCGGACCUGGAGCUGCAGUUCAAGUGCUAUCACCAUGAGGACCGGCAGACCAACACCAACUGGCCGGCUUCGGUGCAGGUCAGCGUCAAUGCCACCCCGCUCACCAUCGAGCGUGGUGACAACAAGACGUCCCACAAGCCGCUAUACCUGAAGCACGUGUGCCAGCCGGGCCGCAAUACCAUCCAGAUCACAGUCACUGCCUGCUGCUGUUCCCACUUGUUUGUGCUGCAGCUGGUGCACCGGCCGUCCGUCCGCUCGGUGCUGCAGGGCCUGCUCAGGAAGCGCCUCCUGCCCGCCGAGCACUGCAUUACCAAGAUAAAGCGCAACUUCAGCAGCGGCACCAUCCCUGGCACCCCUGGGCCCAACGGAGAGGACGGGGUGGAGCAAACGGCCAUAAAGGUGUCCCUCAAGUGUCCCAUCACCUUCCGCAGAAUCCAACUCCCUGCUCGAGGUCAUGACUGUCGCCACAUACAGUGUUUCGACCUGGAGUCCUACCUGCAGCUCAACUGUGAGCGGGGGACCUGGCGGUGCCCCGUGUGCAACAAGACAGCGCUGCUGGAGGGCCUGGAGGUGGACCAGUACAUGCUGGGCAUUCUCAUUUACAUCCAGAACUCUGACUAUGAGGAGAUCACCAUCGACCCCACGUGCAGCUGGAAGCCGGUGCCCGUGAAGCCCGAUGCUCACGCCAAAGAAGAGCCAGAUGGGCCAGCGCUGAAGCGAUGUCGCACUGUGAGCCCUGCGCACGUGCUCGUGCCCAGCGUGAUGGAGAUGAUAGCGGCCCUGGGCCCUGCCGCUGCCCCCUCCGCUCCCCUGCAACCCUCCUCGGCCCCAGCCCCUGGUGACUACCCUGGCCAGGGUUCCAACUUCCUGGGACCCGGGACCUUUCCUGAGUCCUUCCCACCCACCACGCCCAGCACCACUGCCCUUCCUGAGUUCAUCCAGGGGCCACCCCCCAGCUCCUACCAGCCUGACAUUCCCAGCAGCCUCCUGACACCAGAGAAGUCUGCCCCCUGCCUCCCAGGCCAGAUGGCGCCAGCAGGCCACCUGGACCCUGCCCACAACCCAGGGCCUCCAGGCCUACUCGCCCCCAGCCUUGGAGGGCCCCCAGGGCCCCAGCUGCACCAUCCAAACCCUCCCCCAACAUCCCGGCAGCCCCUGGGCCCAGUGAGCUCGGGCCCCAUCGGCGAGCUGGCCUUCAGCACUACCACAGGCGUGAUGGGGCCCCCCAUGUCUGGGGCGGGGGAGGCCCCAGAACCAGCCCUGGACCUACUCCCAGAACUGACCAACCCCGAGGAGCUGCUGUCCUACCUGGGCCCACCUGACCUUCCCACAAACAGCAAUGAUGACCUGCUCUCUCUCUUCGAGAACAACUGAUCCUGUUGCCCCUGCCCAGCUGGUGGGGACACGCCUGCAGAUGUCACCACGCCCUGCCCCUCCCACCUUUGUUCCUGGAGCCAGGACCUACCCUCCCCACCGCCACCGAGAAGGCAGCUGCACUGGGUGGGAAGGGACCUCGGGCACCCUGCCACCACCCAGCUCUCUGCCAUGCUCAGCCCCGCCCUGUCCACCACUGCUGCCCCGACCCCAGCUGGGCCCAGCUCUGCCCUGUCCAUACACACCUGCGUCCCCAAUCUCGUGCCCCGCCCCCUGGAGCCAACCCCGCCUGCUCACACCAGCCUGCAUCCUGUCCAGUGUUGACCCUUCUGUUGCAGUGACCCCGUGGCUCACUGGCAGGGAGCCGGGCUGCCCUGUCCUGAGCCUGAGCUCACAGUGGUGGCGGGUCCCUCUUCCCACCCGAAGCCUCAGGCCGUGGGGUGGGAGCCCCAAAGCACAACAAUGUACAUAGUGUAGAGACACUGAGAGCUGUGAGCGGGAGGGACCCGAAUGUCCUGGGUGCAGACAGUGGGUGCAGGGGAUGGCUGCAAGCCUUAUCCCCCAGGGUGGGCACCCAGACCCAGCUCUGUACAGACUCUCCAGCAGGCUGCUCCCAAGGGUCCUUUUCUGUGAACAUGAAGAAUCAGUCCCGCUGAGUUUUUUAAAACUGCCUCUCCCGUGUCCCCCCCGGGGCCAGGCCAGGUGGGGGAGGGGAGCCUCUGCAUCCCCUGGCCCAGGGCUGAGUCGUGUCCCCUGUCUGCCCUUCUCUAUUAAAGGACUCCCUCGUAGUGG